CCCAUCCAAGAUCGUUGUCAUUUUGCUGUUCUUCCCCUCAGUUUUCAAAUUACACACAUCUUGCGUCGUCUCUCCGCUGUCUGAAAACACACACGCGCUCACUCACAACACACUCUUUUUCUUAGCUCUGGCAAGCCAAAAUCCCCAGAAAGACCGUACGAUCGGACGGAGCAUAGCCAGUGCUGAUGGGUCCCUCAAAGAAUACGGUGCGUACCAUCUCACAGGAGGCGUUCGAUGAGCUGGUGAAGGAGAACAUGGACGACCUUGGCAUGGAACCCCAUGAGGCUCUCCAAGACGCCUUCCAAACUCUCACUCUUCAGGGCGUCGAUCUCUCUGGAAUUGUCACUUGUAUCCCAGGAGAGGGUAGUGUGAAGGAUAAUCCCGUGAUGCAAUGUUUGGAUAGAUUGAAGCAAUUGGAUGGUGGUUCUAAAGAUCAAACUAGCGUUGAUAAUUUGGUUGAAAUGGAGGAGUUGUUUAAUAAGCUUACCGAGCUAUGUGGUGCACAAGGUUCCGGAAAUCCAGCGAUUGCCACAAAGAAUGGUGGGGUGGAAUUGGUAUGUUCUAUUUGUUCUAAGAUUCGAAAUGGGCACGAACCAGCUCUUGUUUCCGCUUUGAAGGCAAUGGCAGCUUUGCUUCAUGAUCUUCAAAGUACAGAAACAUUUCGAACCAGUGAUGGACAAUCAAUUGUGGUGGGUAUUCUAAAUGAUAGCAGCCAAAAUGUGGACAUCCUGAAUAGUGGUUUUGCUGUGGUUGCUGCCGCUGCAACUGGUAAUGAGAUUCUAAAGGAGUCAUUCAUGGAGUUGAAAAUUGAUGAAUUAAUUCUGCAUAUACUGAACAGCAAGAGUAAAGGUAGCGUUCAAAGUUUGUAUGAUGCCAUACGUGUUCUCCUAACACCUGAUGAUAAUCGCGUUGUGGCAUCACAAGUUUAUGGUUAUGCACGGAAAUUUGCCAAGAUUGGAAUUGCAGGUGCUUUGGUGGACACACUUCUGGAAGGGCUAAGCUCUCCUAGUAUAGUUUCCACAAGCAUUGCUUUAAAGGCUGUUGCUGUCAAUGAUGAAAUAUGUAAAUCAAUUGCUGAAAAUGGAGGUAUUGAUGCAUUACUCCGAUGUAUUGAUGACAGUGGUGAACAAGGCGACAAAACUGUAGCUAGAGUUUGCUGUUCUUUGCUCUCGAAGUUGGCAGGAAGUGACAUGAAUAAGAGUGCUAUUGUGGAGAAAGGCGGCAUGGAUAGGCUUGUCAAGCUUUCAACCAGAUUCUCUGAUGAUCCUUCUGUCCUACAAGAGAUUUUGUCUAUCAUCUCUGUACUCUCCUUGAGAUCCCCAGACAAUGCAGCACGUGCAGUUGAAGCUGGGGCUGGAGACUUUGCUAUCCAAGCCAUGCAAAAGUUUCCUGCAGCUCCGCAAAUGCAGAGGAAUGCUUGUCUCAUGAUACGGAAUCUAGCCGUUAGAAACCCGGAAAACAGAAUUCUUCUUCUAAAUAAUGGUGUGGAGAAAUAUGUAAGGAAAGCCAAGCAAAGCCAUGAGAGCUGUAAGGCUGCUGCAACUGACGCUCUAAGGGAUUUGGGACUCGAUAACUACAAUUCAUAAGUUUUGAACUGUUCACCUAGAGGCUGUGACAAUUUUGGGGAGAUUUUUGUUUUCCUUAAUGUUGCGCCGUUUGAAAUUAAAAAUCAUGCAUUUCUUCAAAAAAGAAACAGGAUGAAAAUUUUAUUCUUUUGUUCAUUUUUAAUUCUGAAGGCAACUGUUUGUCCAUUUCUGUGAAUAUAAAAAAUAAAUAAAUUACCUUAAGAUGAAUCA